AUGAAAAAAAAAAUAUAUAACAAUUUAUAUGAGUUAAAAAAAAUUGGAACUCAUAAAAAAAAUUGCAAGUAGUGAAGUGAAGUGCUGCAGAUACAUACUAAGUGAUUUAUCGAAUUUACUAAACGACACGAGACCUAGAUUCCAUCAAAUUAUAGAAAAAAUGCGGAUUUUAUUAGCAUUAUUUAUCGCAUGCAGUAGUGUGACAGCAAAUGAUAAUUUGAGAGUCGUCUACCAAUGGAAGCAAAUUGAUUAUGAAUAUCCAAAUAUUGAGGAGCGACAAGCUGCAAUUGCAAAUGGAGAUUUUAUACAAGAAAAUGUCAUACCAGUCGGUAUUGAGGUCUAUCGAGAUCGAUUAUUUAUGACAUUGCCACGAUGGAGAAAGGGCGUACCAGCAUCACUUGCAUACAUUGAUUUGAAUGAUAACAUGACAGAUAAGUCACCUCAGUUGAAGCCAUAUCCAAGUUGGACAGCCCAUCAAAUGUCUGACGAUGAACCACCAGUCAUUGUAUCUCCAUUUCGUGUACGAGCUGAUGCAUGUGGACGAUUGUGGAUUUUAGACACUGGCGUUGCUGAUCUUCUUGGAAACACAACAGUUUUGACAAGAACUAAACUUUUGAUCUAUGAUCUUCAUGAUGAUGACUUGCUGAGAAGCUACGAAUUUCCAGAAGAUCAAGUUAAGGAUAACUCAUUUUUUGCCAGCAUCGCCGUUGAGGAUGAUGACUGUGAGAAUGCAUUUGCUUACAGUGCUGAUUUAGGAAAGCCAGGUCUCGUCGUUUACUCAUGGAAAUCUAAAACAUCAUGGAGAAUUCAGCACAACUUCUUCCAUCCAGAUCCAACAGCUGGAAACUUCAGCAUCGGUGGAAAUAACUUUGAAUGGGAUGAUGGAUUAUUUGGACUUGCAUUAUCAAAGCCACAAAGUUCUGACAAUGAGACAGUUUUGUAUUUCCAUCCAUUUGUAUCCAAAGAUGAAUUUAAGGUUCCAACAAAGUUCCUCAAAGAUCAAGCAGCAACAGAAAAUAAUGCAAAUUAUCAUGAAUUCAAGCAACUCGGAACUAGAGGCGAAAAUGCUCAAUCAAAUGCUGAAUUUUUAGACAAAACCACCGGAGUUCUGUUCUAUACACUUCCAAAUCUCAAUGCUGUCGCAUGCUGGAAAACAACAACAAAAGAAUAUAAUUUAAAGUCUCAAGGACGAAUCUUUAUGGACAAGGUCUUGAUGGAAUUCCCAAAUGAUGUGAAAGUCGAUGAUAAAGGUCGUCUUUGGGUCAUCUCUGAUCGUCUUCAGAAGUACAUGUACGACAGUUUAGAUUCAAAUGAAGUCAACUUCCGAAUCUUCAUGCAGACUGUGAAAGAAGCCAUUGCCAAUACGGCAUGCGAUGUUAAAACAAAACCAUUGCCAGAUAUUAUCACACAUUUAAAUGACUAUAUUAAGCCUACGACUGUAGCACCAACCAAAGGUUCAGCUUGCAAAUUGGAAGCAACUGUGAUGCUCUUUGUCUUGGCAAUUGUCAGCAGGUUCCUGUAA